CCUUACCGCCGGCAAAGUGGAGGCUAACCCUUCUGCCCCACCCAUCGUUAAACUCCGCCCGUAUUGUACUUCACACCAAAACACAAAAAACACCUACUUGAUCCUCGACUACUUCUUCUUCUCUGCAAGAAAACAUCGAAAUAAAGCCCUAAAAAUGGUGGCUGCAAAUCCUGAACAGCUGUAAAUAAAUGAGAAAGGAGGAUCUUGGUCGUCACACUUGUACUUUACAACUUCAGGGGAAUCUCUUCAGAUCACUCCCUCCAAUCAAAACAUUUAGGUAAGUGUUUAUCUUUGCUGGUGUUUUUUAUUAUGUUUGUAUGCUUCGAUGCUUUUGGGGCUUUACUUUGUGUUGGCAGCAUCUUCAUUGAUACUUCAUAGGUUAAUUGGAAUGUUCAUUUAAACUUUUUAUUUACCUUUUAUUUUUGCUUUUGAGUGUUUCAAACUGAUUGUCAUGGAAAAACUGCUAUGUUUGUCAGUUGCUGUAAUUGGGGUUACAAGAUGGAGUUGACAACCAAAGAGCUCUGAACAAUUUGUAAAAAAAGAUUUGGAGUUUGUUUAAUCCAAGUAACUUGCUUGAAGGCAUAAUUGUGCAUCACUGAACUGGUUUUGGGGUCCCUGUUGGCAUUCCUAGACAUUUCUGCAGUAUUCAUGUUGUUGGAGGGAUAGUAAGCUAUGGAUUCUGCAAAGACUGCCAAUAAUCUCAAGGGCUCUUUGUUCAUCCAGAUCAUUCUAUUCACUAUCUUUCUAUUCAGUUUAUCCAAAGUGAUAGCACAGAAGGUGGCUCCCACAUCUCAACUAGCUAGUACACCUAGUUUUGGAAUAUUUGAUCCCAUAGAGAUAUCACCUUCAGUUUUACCACAUAAUCCCUUUGUUGGUGAGCCUUGGCCACCAAUGUAUCCUUCCCUCCCCAAAACAUACGAGCCACUCUUGACUGGAAGGUGCCCUUUUAAUUUCUCUUCCAUUUCAAGUAUCAUGGACAAGACCGCAUCAGACUGUUCUCAACUUGUAGCGCCAUUUGUAGGAAAUGUUAUAUGUUGCCCACAAUUUGGCAGUUCACUACACAUAUUUCAGGGAUAUUACGGUACAAAUUCUGAUAGUUUAGUUCUACAAAACACCACAGCAGAUGAUUGUUUCUUAGAUAUGGUGGAAAUCUUGGCGAGUAAAGGUGCUAACAGCUCAAUACCAGCUAUCUGCUCUGUAAAAUCAUCAAAUCUCACCGGUGGUUCUUGUCCUGUGAAAGACGUCAACACCUUUGAAAAAACAAUAAACACAAGCAAAUUAUUGGAGGUUUGUAGUGUCGUUGAUCCUCUCAAGGAAUGCUGCAGAUCAGUUUGUCAACCUGCAAUUGUGGAGGCUGCUUUUCAUCUCUACUCGUCAGAGUUAAUAGUUGACAAGAAUACAGGAUCGAGUAAUAUUGAUGCACUAAAUGACUGUAAAGGGGUUGUAUAUUCAUGGAUUUCAAGGAAACUUACAUCAGAAGCUGCUAAUUCUGCUUUUCGAAGAUUGGCUUCCUGUAAAGUUAAUAAAGUCUGCCCUUUGGAACUUGAGCAGCCAGCUGAGGUGAUAAAAGCUUGCCAUAAUGUGUCUGCUUCAAGCCCAUCAUGUUGUACCUCAUUACAUUCCUACAUUGCGGGGAUGCAAAAGAAGAGCUUGAUUACAAAUAGACAAGCAAUAAUCUGUGCGUCGGUUUUUGCAACCAUGCUACAGAAAGGUGGAGUACGUACAGACAUAUAUGAGCUUUGCAAAGUUGACUUGAAAGAUUUUAGCCUCCAAGACGGACAAGAAGCGUGUCUUCUCAGAAGCUGGCCUACAGAUGUUGUGUAUGAUAAUUCAUCCGGAGUAAGCUUUACAUGCGACUUAAGUGACAAUAUUGCUGCUCCAUGGCCUUCAUCCUCGAUGGCAUCAUUUUCUCUUUGUGCUCCGGAGAUGUCAUUACCUGCACUACCAACUUCGGAGUCGGGAUAUGCUGGCUGCAAUGGGGGUCUUUUGGAUCUGCUUGUGAUGGUUGUCGUGAUCUCUACACUUUUGAAUGGAUUCUAGUAUUUGUGGGAAUCACAGAUUUGGCAGAGUACAUGUAGAUUUUGAGCAUGUAAGGCAUCGGAAACUUUGAAUGGUUCAUUUUGAUGAUGAUCGCUCAUCCAAUGGAGGGACAUAUGGAUCACGGUCCGAGGGCUGUAUACAUCUUCGGUUCCAUGAGACUUGCAUCAAUGGAGUAAAUCCUAGCUACAAGCUUUGGUAUAGAAAAAGAACACGCAGCUUCAGUUUUGUUGUGGGUGGGUUCAUGUGUUUCUUAGAAUUUAUUUCAGUACAACCUUUCUUUUCUGUACAAAACUAUGUAAUUUUGCUUAUUUUUUUAUAAUCUUUUCAAAUAAAA